UUUAUUCUUCAUGGGAUAUUCUUAUCCGCCGAUCUGUCAAAAAAUGUAAAUGUAAGACUAUGAUUGAAGUUUAAGGUUUCUAACAUACGGUAAUGCAAUCGAAGCAAGUUAUCCGAUUUAGUCGGAAUAUUGGACGAAUGUAGAAAGAAACCUUUUAAGCGAUAUUGGAAAUAUACCAUUUAUUUUUUAAAUGCCAUUAUGGCUCUUCGUAAAGUAAAAGGAAAUUUUGAACGGAUGUUCGAUAAAAAUCUAACGGAUCUGGUACGCGGAAUUAGAAACAAUAAAGAAAAUGAGGCGAAGUAUAUCGCACAGUGCAUUGAAGAAAUUAAACAAGAAUUACGACAAGAUAAUGUUGCGGUUAAAGCAAAUGCUGUUGCGAAGCUAACAUAUCUUCAAAUGUUGGGAUAUGAUAUUAGUUGGGCUGGUUUCAAUAUAAUCGAAGUAAUGUCAUCUGCUAAGUUUACGUAUAAACGAAUUGGCUAUUUGGCAGCAAGUCAGAGUUUUCAUGCAGAUACUGAACUUUUGAUGUUAACUACCAAUAUGAUUCGCAAAGAUUUAAACAGUCAAAAUCAGUAUGAUGCUGGUUUGGCUUUAAGUGGUCUAUCUUGUUUUAUAACAUCAGAUCUUGCACGUGAUUUGGUUAAUGACAUCAUGACAUUAUUAACUUCUACCAAACCAUAUCUUCGCAAAAAAGCAGUGCUAAUGAUGUAUAAAGUUUUCUUGCGAUUUCCGGAAGCACUGAGGCCUGCAUUUCCCAGAUUGAAAGAAAAAUUGGAAGAUCCAGAUAGUGGUGUACAAAGUGCUGCUGUUAAUGUUGUUUGUGAAUUGGCAAGAAAAAAUCCAAAAAACUAUCUAAGUUUAGCACCUGUUUUUUUCAAACUUAUGACAACAUCUACAAAUAAUUGGAUGUUAAUAAAAAUCAUUAAGCUGUUUGGCGCAUUGACACCUCUAGAACCUAGGCUUGGCAAAAAAUUAAUAGAACCCCUUACAAAUUUGAUACACAGUACAUCAGCAAUGUCUCUGCUAUAUGAAUGUAUAAAUACAGUAAUUGCUGUAUUAAUUUCAAUUUCCUCUGGUAUGCCAAACCAUUCUGAUUCAAUCCAAUUAUGUGUUCAAAAAUUGAGAAUAUUGAUAGAGGAUUCUGAUCAGAACUUAAAGUACUUGGGACUGUUAGCAAUGUCAAAAAUUUUAAAGACUCAUCCUAAAAGUGUGCAAGCUCAUAAAGAUCUUAUAAUGCAAUGCUUAGAUGAUAAAGAUGAAAGUAUAAGAUUGCGUGCCUUGGAUUUAUUAUAUGGAAUGGUUUCAAAGAAGAAUUUAAUGGAGAUAGUUAGAAAAUUAAUGGUGCAUAUGGAUAAAGCAGAAGGCACUGCAUACAGAGAUGAAUUACUCUCGAAAAUUAUUCAGAUCUGUUCACAAAAUAAUUAUCAAUUUGUUACUUAUUUUGAAUGGUACAUAUCUGUAUUGGUUGAAUUAACACGAAUGGAAGGUACCAAACAUGGACCACUAGUAGCAACUCAAUUACUUGAUGUAGCAAUUCGUGUACAAGCUAUACGAAAAUAUGCGGUUCAACAAUGUGCCUUACUGCUAGAAAAUUCAUAUCUUCUAACAGGCCAACCAAGAGCAACAAUGUCUGAAGUUUUAUAUGCCGCUGCAUGGAUAUGUGGAGAGUUCUCUAGUGAACUCGAAGAUCCUCUAGCAACAUUACAAUCAAUGUUACGAUCACAAGCUUCUAGCUUACCAGGACAUAUUCAAGCUGUUUAUGUCCAUAAUAUCUUGAAACUUGCUACAGCAACAUUAUAUAAAGCUGAAAAAGACGGGGAUACUGAAACUAUGGAACAGAUUUAUGCACUACAAGAUAAAAUAGCAGAUUUUGUAUGCAGUGGGGACUUAGAGGUUCAAGAAAGAUCUAGUUCGACAUUGGUUUUAUUUGAAUGUUUGAAAGAAAAUCCUGGACUGGUACAAGAAUUGAUGGAAGCAUUUGAAGGAGAACUUAACCCUGUUGCUCCUAAAGCACAGAGAAAGGUGCCGAUUCCUGAGGAUCUAGAUCUGGACUCAUGGAUUAAUGAUCCUCCAUCUGAAAGCUCAGAUUCAGAAGACUUAGAUAUGAAUGAUAUAUUUAUUAAGACCGACAAAACAAGUGAUUCCUAUUCUAAGCGUGAAUUAAUUGAACCGUCAGCAGAAGAACUUCAGAAACGUCGCGAAGCGAGAAAAUUGGAACAACAAAAUAAUCCACACUAUUUAAAAGACACGUUUAAAAAUUCUGGUUCAUAUCAUAAUUCAUCAAGUAUUUACGAAGAAUUUGAAAACAUUCCUGUAGCAGAGCUGGAUAUUCCAAUUUCUUUGAAGAUUACAAACAAUCAUAAAAGGUAUAAAAUACAUGGCAAAAAGAAGAAGAAAUCCAAGAAAAAUAAAAAAGUCACUUCAGAAGAUGAACAAGAUGAUAGUUUUCCGACCCAAAUGGUAAACACUGGAAUAGGUGAACUUCCUCCGGGAGCAGAACUAAGUGAUAGCGAUGACUAUGAUCAAGUCGAUGUAAAUGAUCCACAUAGAGCCUUAAAUAUUGACUUAGAUUUACCCUUGAGAGAUGAUGAAAGGCUACCUGUUCUGGAACAUAGGAUUAUUGAAAAUAAUUUGACUCAUGAUCCUGUUAAAAGUAAAGGGAAAAAGAAAGAACAGGGAUACAAAAAAUCUAAAAAAAAAGUUAAAGAAGCUAAAGUAGUUAAAGAGAGACGUCAUGACAAUCAAUUGGAAAUAACUGAUAUGUGGCUAGAAGAUAGUGCUCCGUCAGAUAAAAUUCAAUCUCCUAUUGUUAAUGAAUAUACUGAAGUAUUCAGUGAAAAAGAAUCGGAACAAAAGGAUAUUAGACGUAAAAAAUCGAAAAGCCAAGACAAAAGUAAGAAAACGGAUGAAGAUUCAAAGCAUCGAAAGUCGAAGAAAUCUAAAAGUAAAAAAGAGAAAAAGUCUGCAGAUUACGAAGAAACUGCUGGAAUAUCGACACCAUCGAAAGAGAUAGUACCAGAUUUAAAAUACAAUUUUACGAAUUCUGCAGAUAGUACAACCUUAGUGCAGCCAACAACUUCGUUUGAAGAAUUAGCUAAAAAUAAGGUGCUUUCUUUAACGUACGAAUUAAAACAAAUUUCUCAUGAAUCAGAUCAUUUGAUUGCAUCAAUACUCAUUACAAAUAAUUGUCAAAAGCUUGUGAAAGAAUUAAUAUUUGAAGUUCCGGAUACGCCUUCACUGAGAUUAAUGAAAAAUGUUGGAGAUGAAUUUGGAAUAAAACUGCCUUUCCAACUGCCUCCUGAAACUAGCAAAGAAACACAAUUUACUAUUUUAAUCUCAGAUGAUACAUUUGCUCAGACGUUAAGGGGCACGCUUACGUAUAUGUUAGAAAACAAGGAAAAUACAAUUCAGGAAAAACUUGAUUUUAGUAUGCGUUUAACAUGCAGUAAAUUCAUGGUUGGUUAUCUUCCACAUAAGGAUAUACUAACAGAAUUACUUAAAAGUCGUCAGUUCAUUUGCAAAAAUAGACGUCUUAGAAAAUUAGUUGCUUUCUCUGAAAAUUUUGAUGUUAUUUUAAAUGCAAUUUGUAGCAAGUGCAAUCUCAUAUUAGUGGAACAAAUUUAUGAUACUGCAUCCUUGUAUGGACAUUCUCUCAAAGGACAUCACGUGUGCCUUUUAUUAAAGUAUGAUAAAUUUAAACAUACUUUCUUACUCGAAGGUAAAGGUGACAGUGACACGUUACUGUCUGAAAUUGCUGAUGAAGUGUUAGAAAUCAUUGAUGCUCAUCAAAUGAUAAAGUGAAGUGUUUAUAUUUUAUGAUUCCUAUUCUUAUUCAUUGCAACCAUGUCCAUUAUAUUAUUCAACAGCAAAAUGAACACUUUACAGAAUUCAUUACAUAUGAAGUAAUAGUUAUAGAAAACUUAUCUGUAAACUUAUUAAAUAUUUUCAGAAAAAAAUUUUAUUUAAACUUUACA